GGUAAGAAAAUUCUCCUUCGUUCUGCAAGCAUGUUUUGGCUGUUCGAGAAUGAAUGAGGUAAUUAAUUUUUAGGAAGAACAUGGAACAUUGCCUUGUCUUAUUUGACACGCCAUUCUUUUUCAUUCUUCUCGCUUUAGCUUUUGCUCAGAAGAAGUUAAGGAUAUUCAUUCUUUCUCCUCAAAGAUGGAUUUCCUCCUCGUACCAUCAUCGUCCCUGCCAGAAAUCGACGCCUAUAAAUCUCACAAGUCCCCUCGCUCAGAGAACAAAGUGCCAGAUCCCCCUUUCUGAAGAUAAUCCAAACCCCAGAAACCUUCGCCGGAAACAGCCAUGGCCGGAGUGGAGGCGCUUCCGAAAGAAUACGGCUACGUUGCCAUCGUCCUCGCCCUCUACUCUGCCCUCAACUCCUGGAUGACUUUCCAAGUCGGCAAAGCUCGCGCCAAGUACAACGUUCACUAUCCGGCCAUGUAUGCUUCAGAAGAAGAUGGGAAUGAAAAGGGCAAGAUUUUCAACUGUGUUCAGAGGGCACACCAGAAUUCAGUGGAAAACAUGUCUGUCUUCUUCAUGUUGAUGAUGGUGGGAGGAGUAAGGCACCCUUUGGUGUGUGCAUUACUUGGAGCUUUAUACACGGUUGCUCGUUACGUCUAUUUCGUACGCUAUUCCUCCGGUGUUCCUGAGAAACGCCGUGCACCUUGGAAGUUCAUUGUGUUGCUCACUUAUGGCCUCAUGAUCUCCACAAUAUCUUGCGGAGUGAAACUUAUUAUAACCUCACCAUGAGCAAGAAGACUGCAUUUGGUCACGUAUUUGCCCCAUGGGAAUCCAUAUAUAUGUCUUUUUCUCCUGCAUUUCGGACGACUGUGAAGCGCGUCUCUGUUAUCUUUCGGUUAUGUUAUCUAACACUUAUAUGCUGUUGUUUUAAGAAUUACUCUGCGUACAAUGUUUAGUACUUCAGAGUAAUCAGUAAAGAAUAAUUGUCCAACCAUGGAUUCGUAUAUUCUAUGUAUUGGAUGUAAUAUGUUAUAUGUUUAUUACUCCGUAUGUAUCAAACAUAUUUUCGUUUACAAGUUAAAGAAUAUUCAUCUCAUAUAUUUAUUUCUGGGCAUAUACUUAAAACGGG